AUGGAGCUAUGCAAACAGCAGGUGAGACUCUAUUACAUUGUUACAUAGUAAUCCUGGAAGAAAAGAGACUCGACUCCAUCAAGUUCAACCUUCAAACACAUCUUUUCAGACUGUUACUCUUAACAAAGGCAAAAAAACAAACAAACAGAAUAAACAAACUGAAGAGAUGGUCAAUUAUGCCACCAGAAAGGGAAACUAAUCCUUAGUUACUCCUUAAUAGCAAUCAGAUUUCUGCUUCGAUCAAUAACCUGUUUUUUUCCAUAUUAAUUCUAUCCUUGCAUAUUCUGUUUUUCUAUGUUUAGUGAUUAGAAUAUAGCCAAUGCACCCCCUCCCCCAUGCCUCUCACCCAUUAACAGGCAGAAGAGCUGGAGGUUGAUAUAAAGUACUCUAUGCCCCCAUUCUUGAGUUGAACAUUAAAGGGACACUAUAGUCACCUGAACAACUUCAGCUUAAUGAGGUUGUUCAGGUGAAAACUAUAGCUCCCUGCAGCCUUUCUCAUGUAAACACUGUAUUUUCUGAGAAAAUACAGUGUUUACAUUGAAAGCUAGGAACACCUCCAGUUGCAGUCACUCAGAGUGGACCAGUGGGACUUCUGAGUUGAUGGAGGCAUAAUAUGCCUCCAUCCACUCAGAUCUGCUGUGCAUGAGCAUCCUGUGAUUCAGUAUCUCCUCCCACUGCAUGCAGACACUGAACUUUCCUCAUAGAGAUUCAUUGAUUCAAUUCAUCUCCAUGAGGAGAUGCUGAUUGGCCAGGGCUGUGUUUGAAUCAUGCUGGCUCUGCCCCUGAUCUGCCUCUUCGUCAGUCUCAGCCAGUCGUAUGGGGAAGUACUGUGACUGGAUCAGGCUGCCACUUCUGAUGAUGUCAGCAGACUGCUUGUUUUUCUGAGUCUGACAGCAUGCAGAUAUUCGGCUUCAGGCUUGAAUACAGUAAGAUUUUUUACUAUAUUUAUGAAGGCAUGAGGGGCCCAGGGGGGGCUAGAUGGUGGUUUUAACACUAUAGUGACAGGAAUACAUGUUUGUGUUCCUGACCAUAUAGUGAUCCUUUAAUGUAAUGAGAGGGCUCACCUUGUGAUCUUCACAAAACUUGUGAAAAUCUACGGAGGGUGUCCAGCAUCCUGCAGCGUACUUUGACAGUUCCCCACAUUACUCUUAAAUUAAUAAGAAAUACUAUUAAAAUAUUCCUUUAUUUCCCAGGGCCUAUAAAAUUAGUUUAUCAUAAGAGGAUUUCUAAAACCAAAUUCCUAGAAUGAAUGAAGAAAAUGUCAGUUUGUAUUAAUGACGGAGCAAUUCUGGGGUUUACUUUUCUCCAAAUUCUCUUUUUUACUCUAUAUAAUAUGUUACAGCAGGAAGUGUGUCAGGCGCCACCAGAAACGGGCACUGAGGAUCGGGAUGAGGACCAUAAAACACCUCAGGUAGAAGAAGAUCCAAAGAAGAAGAUAAAAGUAUAUCAGGAGAGACUUCUGACACUAGUGAGUUCUGGCUUCCAGUGAACACACAGUUACUUUCUAUGUGUGCCACCUUAAUACACUGUAUAUUCAGACACUGGGGGCAUAUCACAUAGCAUCCUGUAUCCAUCAUUAUCGGGGCUCCUUCUAACUCUCAGUUUAUCAGCUACUUACAUUUUCUACAUCUCUCUGUGUAAAAUAAAAUACAUAGUAUAUCACAUAUUAUUUCUAUGAUAGGAGAAACAGGACUAUGUUGAAGGGGCAGACUAACAACACACAGGGCUUGAACAGGAAAUCAAGGGCCCUCUCCGAGUGCAAGGAUUUUUGGCUACUAAUAUUCCUAUGGCUGGAAUAUGUCUGUCAAGUGUUGCCUUUAUAUCUGGGAAGAUCUUUGAUCUGAGGCACAGCAUGGCUGUUCAACUGGGACUGUCCAUGACCGAUGUACCCGAGUGGUCAGUCCUUCGCUGGGCCCAUUAAAUUAAUCCAUUCUAAUGUCUGUUUUUUUCUUUUUAUGUGUAGCAUGCAGAGGCUCUUAAAUUUGCAAACCAGGCGGGCAUAAUAAGUGACAUAUCUAACCAAACUGAGGAUGAGCCCCAGGGAACGUACAAGAUACCCCCAGCAGCCGAAAUGGAGAUCCAAGACCAGGUAAGGAUGUACGCAAUGUGCUAGGUGGGUCUGUAAUGUUUAGGGUCACCUUGUUAUGGACUAGAGGCAGAGAUUUUACUAAGGAACAAUCCAGGGACUAUUUAAUAUUCUAUUUAAUUGGUAUUUUAUUUUAACUAUUUAAUACUAUAAAUUAUGCCCUCUCACUCUAUGUCCCCAUUCCUUAAAUUCAACAUUAAUGUAAUGAGGAGGACAGAGAUGAUGGUCCCCCCUAAUGAUCCCCACCAAACUUGUGAAAAACUACGGAGGAUGUCCAGCAUCCUGCAGCGUACUUUGACAGUUCACCACAUUACUCUUAAAUUAAUAAGAAAUACUAUUAAAAUAUUCCUUUAUUUCCCAGGGCCUAUAAAAUUAGUUUAUCAUAAGAGGAUUUCUAAAACCAAAUUCCUAGAAUGAAUGAAGAAAAUGUCAGUUUGUAUUAAUGACGGAGCAAUUCUGGGGUUUACUUUUCUCCAAAUUCUCUUUUUUACUCUAUAUAAUAUGUUACUGCAGGAAGUGUGUCAGGUGCCACCGGAAACGGGCACUGAGGAUCGGGAUGAGGACCAUAAAACACCUCAGGUAGAAGAAGAUCCAAAGAAGAAGAUAAAAGUAUAUCAGGAGAGACUUCUGACACUAGUGAGUUCUGGCUUCCAGUGAACACACAGUUACUUUCUAUGUGUGCCACCUUAAUACACUGUAUAUUCAGACACUGGGGGCAUAUCACAUAGCAUCCGGUAUCCAUCAUUAUUGGGGCUCCUUCUAACUCUCAGUUUAUCAGCUACUUACAUUUUCUACAUCUCUCUGUAUAAAAUAAAAUACAUAGUAUAUCACAUAUUAUUUCUAUGAUAGGAGAAACAGGACUAUGAAGGGGCAGACUAACAACACACAGGGCUUGAACAGGAAAUCAAGGGCCCUCUCCGAGUGCAAGGAUUUUUGGCUACUAAUAUUCCUAUGGCUGGAAUAUGUCUGUCAAGUUUUGCCUUUAUGUCUGGGAAGAUCUUUGAUCUCAGACACAGCAUGGCUGUUCAAACGGGACUGUCCAUGACCAAUGUACCCGAGUGGUCAGUCCUUCGCUGGGCCCAUUAAAUUAAUCCAUUCUAAUGUCUGUUUUUUUCUUUUUAUGUGUAGCAUGCAGAGGCUCUUAAAUUUGCACACCAGGCAGGCAUAAUAAGUGACAUAUUUAACCAAACUGAGGAUGAGCCCCAGGGAACGUACAAGAUACCCCCAGCAGCCGAAAUGGAGAUCCAAGACCAGGUAAGGAUGUACGCAAUGUGCUAGGUGGGUCUGUAAUGUUUAGGGUCACCUUGUUAUGGACUAGAGGCAGAGAUUUUACUAAGGAACAAUCCAGGGACUAUUUAAUAUUCUAUUUAAUUGGUAUUUUAUUUUAACUAUUUAAUACUAUAAAUCAUGCCCUCUCACUCUAUGUCCCCAUUCCUUAAAUUCAACAUUAAUGUAAUGAGGAGGACAGAGAUGAUGGUCCCCCCUAAUGAUCCCCACCAAACUUGUGAAAAACUACGGAGGGUGUCCAGCAUCCUGCAGUGUACUUUGACAAUUCACCACAUUACUCUUAAAUUAAUAAGAAAUACUAAUAAAAUAUUCCUUUAUUUCCCAGGGCCUAUAAAAUUAGUUUAUCAUAAGAGGAUUUCUAAAACCAAAUUCCUAGAAUGAAUGAAGAAAAUGGCAGUUUGUAUUAAUGACGGAGCAAUUCUGGGGUUUACUUUUCUCCAAAUUCUCUUUUUUACUCUAUAUAAUAUGUUACAGCAGGAAGUGUGUCAGGUGCCACCAGAAACGGGCACUGAGGAUCGGGAUGAGGACCAUAAAACACCUCAGGUAGAAGAAGAUCCAAAGAAGAAGAUAAAAGUAUAUCAGGAGAGACUUCUGACACCAGUGAGUUCUGGCUUCCAGUGAACACACAGUUACUUCCUAUGUGUGCCACCUUAAUACACUGUAUAUUCAGACACUGGGGGCAUAUCACAUAGCAUCCUGUAUCCAUCAUUAUCGGGGCUCCUUCUAACUCUCUGUUUAUCAGCUACUUACAUUUUCUACAUCUCUCUGUAUAAAAUAAAAUACAUAGUAUAUCACAUAUUAUUUCUAUGAUAGGAGAAACAGGACUAUGUUGAAGGGGCAGACUAACAACACACAGGGCUUGAACAGGAAAUCAAGGGCCCUCUCCGAGUGCAAGGAUUUUUGGCUACUAAUAUUCCUAUGGCUAGAAUAUGUCUGUCAAGUGUUGCCUUUAUAUCUGGGAAGAUCUUUGAUCUGAGGCACAGCAUGGCUGUUCAAACGGGACUGUCCAUGACCGAUGUACCCGAGUGGUCAGUCCUUCGCUGGGCCCAUUAAAUUAAUCCAUUCUAAUGUCUGUUUUUUUCUUUUUAUGUGUAGCAUGCAGAGGCUCUUAAAUUUGCAAACCGGGCAGGCAUAAUAAGUGACAUAUUUAACCAAACUGAGGAUGAGCCCCAGGGAACGUACAAGAUACCCCCAGCAGCCGAAAUGGAGAUCCAAGACCAGGUAAGGAUGUACGCAAUGUGCUAGGUGGGUCUGUAAUGUUUAGGGUCACCUUGUUAUGGACUAGAGGCAGAGAUUUUACUAAGGAACAAUCCAGGGACUAUUUAAUAUUCUAUUUAACUGGUAUUUUAUUUUAACUAUUUAAUACUAUAAAUCAUGCCCUCUCACUCUAUGUCCCCAUUCCUUAAAUUCAACAUUAAUGUAAUGAGGAGGACAGAGAUGAUGGUCCCCCCUAAUGAUGCCCACCAAACUUGUGAAAAACUACGGAGGGUGUCCAGCAUCCUGCAGAGCACCCUGGCACUUCCCCAUAUUACUCAUAAAUGAAAAAUAAAAACAAUGAGAAUAUUCCUUCAUUUCCCGGUGACCAUAAGAGGGGAUUUUAUUUAAAAUAAAAUGAUCACAGGUGGCCAAAGAGGCAGAGCCCCAGCUGCUGCAGAGAAAUCAAUUGCAUGAAUGCUGUCCAGGCGUCAUGGGAGUUGCACUUCUGCAGCAGCUGAGGAUGUUCUGUUUCCCCUCAGCAUUUGAGCUCAUUAUUUCUGGUGAGAAUUAUAAAAUGAACACAUCUACAGAACCAGAACAUGUAAGAUCUCUUACUAUGUUUUACUAAACGCAUUAUUACUGGGCUAUUUACUAAAGGCAGAAUACAAAGUGAUUUCACAUUUCAGGCCAGAGUAAACAAAAUGAAUGCUUCACUGGCUUAGAGAAUGUUUCAGUUCGACUAGUUUGACCUGACAUUUGAAAUUCACUCUGAAUUCUCCCUUUAGUGAAUAACUGACAGAAUUAAUGAACAAAAUGCCAGUUUGAGUUAACAAUAGAUAAAGGUGUUGCUAGGAAGGGUCAAAAACACCCAGGGAUUGAGCCCCCAAAUAAUUUGGAGACCCUUUCCUAAAGGAUGAGCCCUCCCCAGCCCCCCACUAGUGACACCCCUGCUCCUGAUACUUAUUGUUACUCUAUAUAUUACAGCAAGAAGUGCGUCAGUUACCAGCGGAAAUGGGCACCGAGGAUCAGGAUGAGGUCUAUGAAACACCUCAGGAAGAAGAAGGUCCAGAGAAGGAGAAACAAGAAUAUGGGGAGAGACUUCUGAAACUAGUGAGUUCUGGCUUCCAGUGA